CCUCGGCCCCUCCGAAGAGCCGGGAGAUGACGGGGAAAUCGGGGGAAGCGCUGAGCAAGCCCAAAUGCGAGACAGUGGCCAAGAGUACCCCGGGGAGCGCCCCGGCCAGGUGCACGGGCUUCGGCAUUCAGGAGAUCCUGGGCCUGAACAAGGAGCCCCCCAGCUCCCACCCGCGGGCUGCCCUCGACGGCCUGGCCUCCGGGCACCUGCUGGCCGCGCGCUCCGUGCUCAGCCCCGCGGGAGUGGGCGGCAUGGGGCUGCUGGGGCCCGGGGGGCUCCCCGGCUUCUACGCGCAGCCCACCUUCCUCGAAGUGCUGUCCGACCCGCAGAGCGUCCACUUGCAGCCGCUGAGCAGGGCGUCGGGGCCUCUGGACACCAGCCAGACGGCCAGCUCGGAUUCUGAAGAUGUCUCCUCCAGCGACCGGAAAAUGCCCAAGUCAGCCUUAGCCCAGACCAAGAAGCGGAAGAAGCGGCGGCACAGGACGAUCUUUACCUCCUACCAGCUAGAGGAGCUGGAGAAGGCGUUCAACGAGGCCCACUACCCAGACGUGUAUGCCCGGGAGAUGCUGGCCAUGAAAACGGAGCUGCCAGAAGACAGGAUACAGGUCUGGUUCCAGAACCGCAGAGCCAAGUGGAGGAAGCGAGAGAAGUGCUGGGGCCGGAGCAGCGUCAUGGCGGAGUACGGGCUGUAUGGGGCCAUGGUGCGGCACUCCAUCCCCCUGCCCGAGUCCAUCCUCAAGUCCGCCAAGGAUGGCAUCAUGGACUCCUGUGCCCCGUGGCUGCUCGUUCAAGAUGGCUUUCCCAGGCGCUUUUCUAAACCCGAAUACCAACACUUCUUUUUAGGAAUGCACAAAAAGUCGCUGGAGGCAGCAGCCGAGUCGGGGAGGAAGCCCGAGGUGGAGCGCCAGGCCCUGCCCAAGCCGGAUAAGAUGGAGCAGGAGGAGCGGGGCCCGGACGCCCCGGCGGCCAUGUCCCAGGAGGAACUGAGGGAGAACAGCAUUGCGGCGCUCCGGGCCAGGGCGCAGGAGCACAGCACCAAAGUGCUGGGGACUGUGUCCGGGCCCAACAGCCUGGCCCGGAACGCCGAGGAGCCCCAGGAAGAGGAGGCCAUGGACGAGGACAGGCCAGUGGAGAAGCUGAGUCCUCGGCAGCUCGAGGACGUGGCUUAGGUCAAGGGUCAAGGGUGCGCUGCCACUGGAGCCCAGGACUGCUCUCCUCCGGGCCUGUGGUGCCGGGAGGUGUCCUCCGAGGCUGGGCCCAGCCUGGCCUUUGCCGCCCACCCCUGCCCCAUAGGCCCUCCGUGACCCCCGGGCGACCUCAGACACAGCUCA